GGCACUGUACACUAGUCUACAGAGCCCGCAUUGAAGGCAGUUCUCGUCUCACGAUGGGACGAAGUCGUGGUUUUUCUAGCGUAUUAGUGCGAUUCGCGAUUUUUGUGAAACACAAUCGCGAAUUUUCCAAUGUUACACUGAUGUGAAUCCACGGCGAAUGCGGCGUCCAUAGGAAGAGGAGAACUUCUCGAAGGAUAGAAGCGGUUUCACUGUGAUACUGGGCGGUGUCAGGUUAGGUUUCGAGGCAAGGAAAAAGGAAAAAGCACAAAACUGGCGUCGCUGACGGGUUGCGUCUCGACGAUGGUCGACGACGAGGAACAGGAGGAGCUGAGGUGCACAGGUAGCGACGUCGAGAUCGAGGAAUACACCGACACCGAGGAAUCGCCAUAUGUCACUUAUCAGGCCACCGAUAAGCUGUUCGAUACGGACCGAGCUGGCUGGCAAAAGUUCAGCUUCAUCGCCACCCUUCUAAUCGUUGUCGUCUCCGUCACAUUUUUGAUUAUCGCCUAUCCUCUUUAUCUGAACAGUAUCAGCACCGUUUCAAAUGCUUAUACAGGACUACUUUUUACUGCCCUGAGCUCCACCUGUCUCCUUGGAAUCAUAUGGUUUAUCAUUGAGAGGGUAUCACCACCGCCUGCGUUGAUUCCAAACAGCAUGAAAAUCAAGAUACCUCGUUGUGCCCUGGUGAAGAUAAGCCUGAUCUAUGCUUUCUCUGGCAUUGUCACCACCCUUGCUCUUGAUCAAAACCGAGUCCUCUGCCACUUGCAAGACCCAAUCAAAGGCAUCACCCUGGUCUUCUCUCUGGUUUACUAUUUCUUCUUCUGUCGCAAAAUGAUGAGCUUGCAACGAAUCUUCUCGAGCACCACCAUAAUAGUCGGCUUGUUCAUAAGCGUUGAUUACGGUCUUUGCGACGAGUUUCGAUGCAGAGGAAGGGAAGUUUCACCACACGCCGCUUCUAUAAGGGAGUCCUGGGGUGCAAGGGCUGUUUGGACGUUCGUCUAUGUCGGCGCGCUCGCCGCUUUUGCCAUGUUCUUCACGCUGCUCGAGGGUCAUUACACCACAGAGCAACAAAAUAUGUGCCAUGUAAUGGCGAAUCAACAGAAUUCAUUCCUGUACACGGUGUCGCGUUUGGUGUCGUCCAGAGACAUUCGGAGACGCGGAUCCGAGGAAGAAGGCGGUAGGUUGCUUCACGUGACGGAUCCUGAUCCCACCGUUAAACCCAAACACUUUCCAAAGCCUCCGAUUCUUGAAACUCUCUUCUACAUACACCUAAUAGCAUUUUUUGCUAUUCUCACCAUGAGCUGGGUGGAUACUUUACCAGGAAUAGGCAGGGGAUAUUCACCAGUGGAACUAUACCGUACUGUUGAACACGGUUUAACUUGUCAUUUUAAAAACACAGAAUCCUGCUCAAACGUUUCUAUUCACGGAUGGACCUUCCUGAUAGCGUACACAGUCUUCUCAAUUUCUGUAUUAAACUUUCUGUCCAUGUGCGAAAGUGCUGUGUUCACCGUCGCCGCCGCUACCGUAUCUCUUCCUCUAUCCGGCAUUUGGUGGAGCAUUUAUAAAAUGGACAUCAGUGUACACGGUGGUUCUAUCUCGUGGUCACCGGGGGUCACUGGAGAACUGAUCUGCGCGCUUCUUGGACUUCCCGUUGUUCUUCUAGGCCUGGGAUUACUCGUCAGAUCACACUUCAGGGACACUCAACCCUCAUACUUGACGAUGCAACCGCCAGAGGUGCAAUGCGAACAUUCUCAGAGAUGAACUUCCUCCCUCGAACCCUCUUCAACCUUCCCUGAAGAAAUCUAACUUCCUCCGAAGAAUUCGUUUAAUUAAUUAAUCCCUGGAGCAUAAAAAUAUCGUUUACUUUCAGAAGAGAACAAGUAAAACUUCUGUGUAAAAAGCGUUCAGAGAUGAUUUUAAAAACCAGACUGAUAGAUAUCAUGAUUAAUUCUCAAUCUCAGGAUUUUUCACUUAAAAAAUGACUAAUGAAAACAUUAUCUGGAACACCGUCACAGCAAUUCCUGUAGCAGAUGUUUCGGACAUUUAGAACAGUCGUUUGGCUCCAUUAAAUUGAUUGAACGAAUUUUUUCAAAGUUUCUUCUCCGAACGCAGGAGGGAAAAACUUUCCUGUACAGUUGUGAUAGGGGCGCAAGGGUUGGGGGAAAAGCGAUAAUAUUGAUUAUCUCGUGGACACGAAACCCGAAUAAAAAGAACGGAGAAGGAAGGAGAAAAGCGAUCAAUGUUUCCUAUGUAUUGCUAGCGUGAACAUCCGUCUAGCCACACAACGUUAUUGCCAAUUUAUAUUUUAUUUUGAUAACGAAAUAUUUCAUAUUUUCGAGAGAACGUUCUAAUUACACGUGUUAUUACUUGUACAAGAAGGUAUGUGUGUGUUUAUGAAUGCAUGAGCGUAAAAAAGAGUUACAGAAAAUAUUUUAUAAAGUCAACUGGUAUGCACUGUUCGAACGAUGGUUACAUGAUAAAAUCAGUGUGCUCGAAUUGAUACGGUGUGAACAUUUGGGUAACCAUAAAUAAUAAUUUACUUAUCGUAUACAAACUUCAGUCUCUGUGGUUUGCAUUCACAGACUGAUGAGGGAUAACAGAGAAAGAGAAAUUUCAAUUUUAAACAUUCCUAAGACGCUCAUUUUAUUCUAUGAAAUUUCCAUUGUUUCCUGACUCUGUGAUGUUUGAUUCAAAGAUGCAUUUGCCAGAAGUGAAGGGAUAAAGUGCCCUAUGGCAGAAUUUUCAGUAUUAUUAGACAAAUCGAAUGCGUACGUAUGUGAAAGCACAACUUUUAUGUCACAAACUUAGCACAUGUAUUUAGAUUACAGUAAAACCUCUAUAAGUCGUCGCUCAAAGAACCGGGAAAUUUUGACGAUUUAAACGGAAUAAAAACCAUGUAAAUUUGAAAAUGACGAGGAGAGGAAAAUGGCGACUUAGAGGUUUUACUGUAGUUGAAACGGAUAGAAAGAAACUUGUUUCGGACGAGUCCCUCUUAGGACAGGAUUUUUUAACUAGAACAGAGACAACAGUGAUUUAUACUCGUUCGAGUUUAGUUCUAUUCGUAGACAAUCCUAUCGACGUAUUUAAUUUUAAUUUCAUAUGUAUUUAUUGUAAGUUAAAAAUUAGCUCAUCUGUCAGCACUAUACUGUCUGCACUCAAGUAUUAUAACAAUAGGUGUUUCUAAAACAAUAGUAUCAAGCACAAUUUUUAUCAUUGUAAGGUUAAGAAACUUAUCCAUGCAUUCAAGUACUUUUAUUAUUUUCAACAAGGUAUAGAGUGUUUCUAAAACAAUUGUAUCAAGCACAAUUUUUAUCAUUGUAAGGUUAAGAAACUUAUCCUUGCAUUCAAGUACUUUUAUUAUUUUCAACAAGGUGUAGAGACUUCUCUGAGGCACUUUAAUUAAAGUGUCUCAAGUACUUGUUCUUAGUCAAGUACUUUAGAAACACUUUUAAAGAACAAGCUGCGUGUACUUAAUUAUAACAAAGUCCUGUGACUCUUGUUUUUAUCUGUACUUUAGGACACUGAGUUUUAGGAAUAGUAGAUGAAUAUUUGUUUUCCAUUUCUGACUAUUCCUGCUCCUCCUUCUCCCCGGACUUACGCAAUGUCCCAAAGGAAAAAAAAAAGAAAACGAUGAAAACUGCGUGAAAUCAAAAAAGAGGAAAAAAUUUGUUCGAAAGUGGCUGAGAAAUGCAAAUUCGUGCCAAAUCAUCGAGUCUUCUCUAUUAUGCGACUCGUUACGUAGGUGUUAAGCGUAUUUGAACCCGUAUUAAACUAGCGAGUACGAGUAUCCGUGAACCGUAAUUAAGUAUCGUUGUUCCGCGUACGAAGUAGUUUGUUAUUGGCAGCUGUCGCGAGAUGCUAGAAACGUAAGAAAGAUGAAUAUUUGUUGUUGGAAGAAAAUACGUCAAUCAUAUUCUAUCGCAGAAGCUAUAUAUACGUCCACGACUUUUUUACACCGGUAAUAAGCGUUCCAACUAUAGUUGUAUCAAGAUCUGAGGAAAAAUGAACUUGAGUUGAAGAUUUAUCAAUCGGUGAAAAUGAACAUUUUUUAUGCGUCCGAUACAUGCGUGCAGUAGCCCGACUAUUUCGGGUUCGGUCGGGUACAGUCGGGCCGAUUCGGAAGUGCCCUCGCGGGCCGCGACGUGGAAUGAAAUUCAUUUCAAAUAAAUUGGUUACAAGUAUUAUUUUUCCACAUAAAAAUUAUGGAACAUAUUGAAGCUCUAAUUAUUAAAAAUGGGAAUAGUUAAUUUUCAAAUUUCAAGCUUUCUAUUUACUAUUUUACAUUAUUUGUACAAUAGCAAUAUUAUUUAAAAUAUUUUUCUAUUGUUUUCUCUUAAUUAUUUAGAUAUGUGUAAUUUGCAGCGCCGGUCACUGAUGACCCCCAUGGUAUUCAAUGUGUUAAAAAAAUUCUGAAACUAUAAUUUGUAAUUAAUAAUUGUUUCGGGUGUUCAUAUAUUAUUUAUUUAUUGUUCGUUGAAAUUAUUAUCAAGAAUUUAUUCGGUUCUUCAUAAGGUCAAGUUCAUUCUUCCUUCGAGUCUAUUAUAGCAGCUACAAUAAUAACGAAGAAACGAGAGAAACAAUAACGAACGUACUACUACUAUAUUAUUACACUAUAGUCGCAGUAUUUAAUCGUAUAUAUGUAUACGUAUAUAUACAAUGCAUAUGUUGUUACGAGAGAUUAUUAUACAAGGCGAGAAGAGAA